CACCAUCCUCUAACGAUGCCCAUCCACAUCAUCGCAAAGGUUGCAACCGAGGGUCCAUCCUCCAUCCCGUUCGGUUGGGCCAUUAUAAAAGCUGCACCCGUUCUUGCAGUACUAUACCUGCUGAAAUGGUACUUCAAUGGCGCAACGAAUGGGUCCGAGAGGAACAUGCACUCCAAGGUGGUCAUGGUGACGGGAGGUACCGCUGGUAUAGGUGCUGAGGUGGUGAAAGGGCUUGCACAACGCGGUGCACAGAUCGUUCUCCUCGUCCGACAACCACUUUCCGAUCCUUUCCUCGUCGACUAUAUCGAGGAUCUACGCUCACAGACGAACAACGAGCUCAUCACAGCCGAGAAUGUCGACCUCGAAUCGUUUCACAGUAUACGGCUGUUCGCUACAAAGUGGGUAGACAACGCGCCACCGCGUCGACUAGACAUGAUCGUUCUCUGCGCCAACACGAUGACGCCGCCAGGAGGAAAGGCAACAAUGACUGAAGAUGGACUCGAGGCGACAUGGGGGCUCAACUACCUAGCCAACUUCCACUUGCUGAGCAUUCUCAGCCCCGCCUUGCGCGCUCAGCCUCCGGACCGAGACGUGAGGAUUAUAAUCGGAACAUGUGCAGCGUAUGUGGGUGGAAAACUGCCGAAUCUUGACUCCAAGUCGAGUGCAACAAAGUCGAAGAAAGAUGCGAAGACGGAGCCCGAACAGAUUGGUUUCACGCCUGCUGCUGUAUACGCAACCUCGAAGCUCGCUCUCAUGACGUUUGCUGUAGCCUUCCAAAAGCACCUCUCAAACUAUGCUCGCCCAGAUAAACAGCCAAUGAAUGCCCGCGUUAUUAUAGUUGAUCCAGGCUGGACGCGCACACCCGGUAUGCGCCGCUUUCUCACCUUCGGAUCGCUUUGGGGGUUGGCUUUAUACCUCAUCACUUGGCCGCUGUGGUGGCUGGUGCUCAAGAGCGGAGACCAAGGCGCGCAAACCUUCCUGUACGCGGCUAUGGAAGCACAAUGGGGACGGGGCGAAGGGGGAUACUUUUUGAAAGAGUGCACUAGGUUCAAGUGGACGAGGAAGGAGAUUGACGAUGAGGUACUGCAGAAGAAGUUAUGGGAGAGCAGUGGAAAGACGAUUGAAGUGCUGGAGAAGGAGAGUGCGAAGAGGAGGGCGGUUGAAAAGAAAGAGGCGGAAAAAUCUGCGGGCAAAACGACGGCGAAGGAUGCCAACGGAGAAGCAAAGCAGAGGAAGGGAAAAUAGAGCUGGUAGCAGAGAUCAGUUUUCUGUAAAAUAGAACGAUAGCCAAACUUGACUAUAGUCCUCAUCCCUCCUCAACAUCUGCUCAAUCGAUUAGUUGUAAUAGCACAUUGCUACGGACCGACACUCCCCAUCCGUCAUCAAAGUGAUCUUCCUUGGCAGAUAUUAUAUAGCACUCACGUGUCAUAGAGAAAUUCGCUAUAGAAGCUUUUCGACAUCAC